UUGAGAUUGUGACUGCAUUUACGAGUAGUAAUUUUCUGCAUUUAGUAUUUCAACAUUUUAGCGCCACCUUGAAUUCGAAUGUACGCAUGUGUUCAAGCGCGAGAGAACGAUUUUCUUUAUCUCUGCAGUUUCGUGCGAAAACAUUGCUGGCAGCAUUUGUGUACGUUUGCUGUUCCUGAGGUGGAUAUUAUAAUAAUCGAUAGAAGUAUAACAAUUUAAGCGGUUCUUGAUGUACAGAUAGUUGCACACUUUAACCGUAGCCGGCAUCCUCCUAUUGCACCACGUCGCAGCCUCUGUACUGACGUGACUGUAUGAAUCAUAAACGACCGGCACCUCCGCUGCCGACUAACGCAUGUGAGCAUGCGGACGAGCACAUGGAGCUGAACGAGCUAACAUGAGCAUCUCAAUUUUUCAGCUUUACCGUAUGUAGCCGCACAGUCGAACGGAUGCUAACAUAUGACAUACGUACCAGCAUAAUUUUUGUGCAUUGAUUUCCUCAAGAAGUUGAGACAUGUUGUACAGGUACUAAACAAUUACCUGUGCUAUAAGGUGAUAUAACUUCGCUUUGAUUAUCCCCGUCUAAGAUCUCACACCAUGUAUGCAUCGCCCUUAUACUUUCGGCAGUUUCCCGCCAACGCCCGCGAAGUGAACUACGGGAACACGGUGCUGGUGCAGCGCCACAACGACCAGUGGUGGUUGGGUUAUGUGCAGGACAUUGACGGCGACCGCUUCCUUGUCGACUUCGACUCGACCACCGACCCCGUCGAGUGGAUCCCCUCUCGCCAUCUCUGGCCGCACAAUUUCCUCCGCCAAACGGGACCUUCCUAUCGUGGCCGCUCCGUCAAAGUGGCACUGCGGGACGCCCCCGACGGACCGAUGAUUUUCCGGCCGGGGACCAUCACUCGCGGGUUGUGUGACAAUAUGUUCAAUGGUGUCCGCGUAGAUGACGCUAAUCCUGUCUGCAUCGUCGAUACGUGCCAGAUCGUCACGAAACUGCCGACCCCCAAAAAGCCCAGUUUUGCCGAAAGCGGGACGAAAUUCGUCUACCGGAAGCACGUCGUCGCCUUCGAGCAAGCGGAGUUAUUGCGUGAUGUGGCGUUGUUGCCGAAGUUUGUGGGGAGGGCGUGUCGCAUCACGUUGGGUCCGGAUGACACCGAGUGUGACGCGGACUGCCGUUUCAUCCGGUCUUAUGCUAUUGGAUCGGGGGACUCGAAUUUCCACUGUCCCAUGCACUUAUCCCCGGCGUCCGCCACAAUGUACUGGUUCGAUGUGGGCUGUCGGGUGUUUGCGCGGGUGGACACGGGGACGGUGACGUUCGUCUGCGCCGAAAUGCACCGGGACGCCGCUGUCGGACACAGUAUGUUCUGGACUGAAGACGAUCUGAAGGAAGCGUGCGGGGAAUGUCUCGCUGCGCAACAAUCGAAGCCAGCGUCUGCGCCUAGUAUUCUUAGCUAUAAUGACGAAGAGAUGCAUAUCAAUAAGCUUUCGUAUCCGAUUUUGGCGAACACUCUGCUGCAUUGUGAUAUAGUUACUCAACUGCGGUUAAAUCGGGUCUGCGCGUUAUGGAGGCUUAUUUUGGAAGAGUACGCCUCCGGAAAGCAGCGGCACUUGCUUCUUGACAUACCGCGGCUGCUCGCAGAAAAGCCGGUAGACGAAGAAUUCAACGCGGAACGCCACUAUCACACGUACCGCCUGGUGACGUUACUGGAUCGCAGUCUGACCACAUCGACGCACACCGUGGCGCUGGUGGAUACCACGGGACAUCCAGUUAAGAUCGAUUUGUGGGACGCACCCAAACAGGAUUAUCUUAAGAAGAGGAAGGAGUUAUACGACAGAAUGCAGAUAAUCCGUCACAUACUCAGAGCCAAAGAUUAUCGUGUGCCUGUACUCAUUAUUAAAGACAGUGCUGAUCUUGCGGCACAGUGCCCGGUGUUGCUGGAUAUUGACAGCGUGGGAGAGGAGGACAACCAGUUCGAGUGCCGUGCGCUGUCCCAGUGGAUGCGAGCGUGUCAGCAGCUGCUGCUCGUCAACUUCACCGUGGCUAUUCCGACCGGCCUACGUAAUUCCUUACUGGAUGCGCCGUUGUACUUGAAAGCUGGCGACUGGGCCUGGCUGGAGGACGGAUACCGGAUGGUAUCCGACCUGCAACCAGCUGCGCAUCUGCAGAUGAGCAUUCCAUUCCUGCGAUUCUUUUGUACGGAGUCGGCAGCGGAACAGUGCCGGCGUUUGAUCGCGGCAGUUAAUGUUCACUGCCCGGUCGUUACUGGACGGAUGGCUGAAAAGGUCACGGGAAUGCAUGGGCGCUGGGUGCAGACGCUGCACUAUCCUGAUCAGUGGACCGGCAUCCGAAUAUUUCUCAACCUGUUCAGCUGUGUUGGUCCGAAUGGCCGUCCUCAGUCGUGGGAUGAUGUUGACUUGAGACAGCUGAAUGUGGCUGUGCUCAGUCGUUUAGCCAUGCACAUUCUGGACGAAUACUUCCAAGACUGAUCAAGCAACGAAAUGUAGACUGCAUGCUACGGUUAGAACCAAGCAGAAAAGAUGUAGCAAGCAUGCUGCGGACCACAAACACCAUGUUGGUGGCUGGAGUGGUCGGUUUACAGUUUACAUUGAUUACACCUGCAAGCCGCAUGCAUGCUGCCGGUGCCGGUUAGCCGGAUGUGCGCAUGUAUGUUGGCGCGUGCCAGCCAGACGUCGCAACAGGAUGGCGCCAGUCGCGUGGAUCACUGAUUCCCACCAAUCCUAGCUUACCUAAUUCACAGCUGCUUAUGCGUUGUCAUGUUUACAUGUUUCUGAGUGAGAACCGAUGAAAACUGUUACAAUGGUGCACAUAAGGAAUGUGGCUACAGCAGCACGUAGGACCCGUCCCUAAUAGGA